AAGGAGAAAAAAAGAGUGAAAAUAUCUCAUUUGAUAUGUGGUUAUAUUGAUGUGAUAAAACCCCACAACAAUAAGUGAUAGCAACCAAUCAUCUAAAACCACAUCUCUUAUUUUGUAAACUUGUAAAGACCAAUCAUUUAAGAGAUAAGGUUAUAUUCAUUUUAUUCACAGUUUCUGCUAUAAAAUUCCAAUAAUCUAUACACAUUUUCCUUCAUUCCAAAAUUAAAAAAACUUAUAGAGAACAAAUAUAUAAUUAUGGCUUCAAGCAUGAUGAGCAACGCUGCUACUGCCAUCGUUGCCGCCAGCGGUGCUCAGGCUAACAUGGUGGCACCAUUCAAUGGUUUGAAGUCCAUGGCAGGUUUCCCUGUUACUAGGAAGAGUAAUGGCAUCACUUCUAUUGCUAGUAACGGUGGAAGAGUUCAAUGCAUGCAGGUAUGGCCACCAAUUGGUAAGAAGAAGUUCGAGACCUUGUCUUACCUUCCACCUUUAAGUGACACACAAUUGUUGGCUCAAAUUCAAUACCUUCUCAACAAGGGAUGGAUUCCUUGCAUUGAAUUCGAGUUGGAACAUGCAUUUGUUUACCGUGAGAAUCACAGGUCACCUGGUUAUCAAGAUGGACGUUAUUGGACCAUGUGGAAGUUGCCCAUGUAUGGGUGCACUGACCCCGUUCAGGUGGUGAAUGAGGUUGAGGAAGCCAAGAAGGCUUACCCUACCGCCUUCAUCAGAAUCAUUGGAUUCGACAAUGUUCGUCAAGUGCAAUGCAUUAGUUUCAUUGCUUACAAGCCGGCUGGCUACUAAUUUAAUGUCACUAAUUCUAUGUACUUUGCUUAGUUUGCGAUUUGUUUUAUAAACUAAGCACAACUAUUACCGAUUUUCUUUCAAGGUUUUUCAGCUUUAGAAUUUCAUGUUUAUUUUGUGCAAGUUGUUUCUGUAUUGUUUUUAGUGGAUCCUAUAGAGAGGAUUAACCUACAUAUAUUGUAUAUUUAAAUGACUUAUUUUAAGCAGGCCAUUUGGUCAUAUCAAAUUAUCAAAGCUUUCUUAUAA